GCUGCGGCCGGGGAGGGCCCGAGAGUGGCCGGGAGGAGCCGUGCGGGAGCGGGGAGGGAGCGGGAGGAGCCGGGAGGAGCCGCGAGGGGCCGUGAGGGCCAUGCUCCCCCCGCCCCGCACCGCGCCGCCGGCGGAGGCAGGCGCGGCGCUGCCGCAGGGCGCCCUGCGCCGGGCAUGAAGUUACGGCGGAGCGGGGCGGGCGGCGCCUCCCCCGGGCGGCCGUAGCCCCGGGGCGGGCUCGGCACAGCCUCGGCAGCCGCCCCGCAGCCCCCCGCAGCGCGGCGCCGGUGCCGGAGCCGUGCCGGAGCCGUGCCGGAGCCGAGCGAUGUGCGCGCCGCGGCCGGCACCUGCCGCCCCGCUCCCAUAGCGCCUGCUGGCAGCGCGGCGGCUGGAGGUGCCCCUCGGGAAGUUUGAUGGCUUCUUUGCGGAGAGUCAAAGUCCUGCUGGUGUUAAACUUGAUCGCGGUGGCCGGCUUCGUCCUCUUCCUGGCUAAGUGCAGACCCAUCACGGCCAAGAGCGGUGACUCCUUCCACGACGUCCAUCCCAGGGCAGAAGUGGUCAACUUGACAGCUCACGGCAUUGGCUCCAUCCAGGAUGCAGUGCUGAAGAGGCUCUCCCUCCUGGAGGACAUAGUCUACAGGCAGCUCAAUGGUCUGUCCAAGUCACUUGGUCUCAUUGAAGGCUAUGGUGGACGUGGCAAAGGUGGGCUUCCAGCCACCCUGUCCCCUGAGGAGGAGGAGAAAGCUAAGGGACCCCAUGAGAAAUACGGCUACAACUCCUACCUCAGUGAGAAAAUUUCACUGGAUCGUUCCAUACCAGAUUAUCGUCCAACCAAGUGCAAAGAGCUGAAAUAUGGCAAGGACCUACCCCAGAUCUCCAUUAUCUUCAUCUUCGUGAAUGAAGCGCUGUCGGUUAUCCUGCGGUCGGUGCACAGUGCUGUUAAUCAUACACCAGCUCACCUGCUGAAGGAGAUUAUCCUUGUGGAUGACAACAGUGAUGAAGAGGAGCUGAAGGCACCGCUGGAGGAAUAUGUCAACAAACGAUACCCGGGGCUGGUGAAGGUGGUGCGCAACCAGAAGAGGGAAGGCCUUAUCCGCGCGCGCAUUGAGGGCUGGAAGGCUGCCACAGGCCAGGUCACUGGAUUUUUUGAUGCCCACGUGGAGUUCACUGCUGGCUGGGCUGAGCCGGUACUCUCGCGAAUUCAGGAGAAUCGAAGAAGGGUCAUUCUUCCCUCCAUCGACAACAUCAAGCAGGACAACUUCGAGGUGCAGCGCUACGAGAACUCUGCCCAUGGGUACAGCUGGGAGCUGUGGUGCAUGUACAUCAGCCCCCCCAAGGACUGGUGGGAUGCUGGGGAUCCCUCGCUGCCCAUCAGGACACCGGCAAUGAUCGGUUGCUCCUUUGUUGUGCACAGGAAGUUCUUUGGAGAGAUUGGGCUCCUCGAUCCUGGGAUGGAUGUGUAUGGAGGAGAAAACAUAGAGCUCGGCAUCAAGGUGUGGCUCUGCGGCGGCAGCAUGGAGGUCCUGCCCUGCUCCAGGGUGGCUCACAUUGAGCGCAAGAAGAAGCCCUACAACAACAACAUCGGUUUCUACACCAAGCGCAAUGCCCUGCGAGUGGCCGAGGUGUGGAUGGAUGACUACAAGUCCCAUGUCUACAUCGCAUGGAACUUGCCGCUGGAGAAUCCAGGUAUUGACAUUGGGGAUGUCUCUGAGAGAAAAGCUUUGAGGAAGAGCUUGAAGUGUAAAAAUUUCCAGUGGUAUCUGGACCACGUUUAUCCAGAAAUGAGAAGAUACAACAACACCAUUGCGUAUGGCGAGCUUCGGAACAACAAGGCGAAGGAUGUUUGCCUUGACCAGGGCCCGCAGGAGAACCACACAGCAAUACUGUACCCGUGCCACGGCUGGGGACCGCAGCUUGCACGCUACACCAAGGAGGGGUUCCUUCAUCUCGGCGCCCUUGGGACCACGACUCUUCUGCCCGACACCCGCUGCCUGGUGGAUAACGUGAAGAGCCGCUUCCCUCAGCUCCUCGACUGUGAAAAGGUCAAGAGCAGCCUCCAUAAGCGCUGGAAUUUCAUCCAGAAUGGUGCCAUCCUGAACAAGGGAACGGGGCGCUGCUUGGAAGUGGAAAACAGAGGAAUGGCUGGCAUCGAUCUGAUUCUUCGCAGCUGCACAGGACAAAGGUGGACAAUUAAAAAUUUCAUCAAGUAAAGGGUGGAAAACUCCGAGGAGUCUCACCUGAAAUACAGCUGACUUGGACUGAUCUGACUGGACUCCUUUGGAAAGGACAAAAUAUCAAAACAGAGCUUUAUUCAUGUUAUUAGGAGAGGACAUGGGGGAAAUGGGCAUUUGUGUCUUUAUUUUUAUUGUAUAUUAGUCUCCCGCAGCUGAUUCCAACUGUGUGAAAUUGGGUCAGAACUGCUAUUUUCUUCUGGCGAGCACUCUAAAAGGUACCACUUAUUUCUGUUGGAAUAAGUGUAAUAAGCUCAUGCAGUCUUGUGAGCAUUUUACUGACAGGGAAAUGUUGCUUUCCCAGAUGACUCCAAGCUCUCCCAAAAGGCCAGCUAGGUUUGCACUGUGGUCAGAGUCAAGAGACCCUGCAUAUAUCUGCAUGGCAAGCACAAAAACUUGCUUGCUUGUGAGAGGAAAAUGUGGCCAAGCCCCAGACAGGCUGUGUUUGAAUGAUGUGGUGUUUCAUUAGGUUCUCUCUCUCUUUUCCCUUUCUUGCCCCUACAUCUAGCAGCCCUUUUCUUGAGUGUGGAAGAAGCAAAGCUCUCAGAGACGCCCUGGUAGAUCCCACAGAUCUUUCCAAUCCUUAAUCACAGAUGUCAUUA